UAAGGGAAAAAAAGUUGUAACGCGUUUCUAUGCACUUUCCUGUAGACAGCAGGAGGAUCCCAUUUCAGUUUUUACCUGAUAAAAUCAAACGGUUUUCUGACAGUUCUUCUUCACAAGCGCAUAAGCUACAAUCACCAAUCAUGGAACUCCCAGAAAUGGUUGAAUUUGCUCGAAAUUUCUCCGUUAUGGUUAAAAUCAACGGCCCAGACCCAAAAGGUUUAAAGAUGAGAAACCAUGCAUUUCAUCAAUACCAUUCUGGCAAGACAACUCUUUCAGCAUCAGGGUUUCUGUUGCCUCAGAAUCUUCUCAAUCUUGUUGAGUGUGUAAAUCAUGCUAAGGGCGCCUUAAUUGUUACGGUUGCAUCAAUUGUUGAGCCUUUUCUGUCACACCAGUCCAAAUUGAUCAAUACCCAGGGUAUUCCUGAGUUGAUUUCUGGCGCUUCGAUCGAUGUAAUGGUUGAGGUGAAGGCAGGAAGGGGAAAUAAUCAGGAGGAUUUAGGCAAUGAACAUCCAAAGUGGUUCAGUGCUGAAGUUCUAAGAUUGGUGGAUGUCCCUGCUUCUUCAUCUGCGAUCCAAUCGCUAGUUGAAGCUUCUUCUGGAUCAUUGGAGCAUGGUUGGGAGAUUGGGUGGUCCUUGGCAGCUCAUAGUGCUGAAAAGUUCAAAGAUUCUAUGCAUGCUCAGGGUAUUAGUGAUAUCAUAUCUUCAACUGAGAGACUGAGGGAUGUGAAACUGAUGGCUAAUGUUGCUACUAGAAUUGCUUUUCUUCAAGUGCCCUCAUUACUUGAUAAGGAGCUGCCAGAGAUUAUGAUGUCAUAUUCGAAUAAGAGAGGAGAUUUUCUAGUUUCAAUGGGUUCCCCCUUUGGAGUACUCUCUCCUUCACACUUCUUUAAUAGCAUAUCAGUGGGUUCAGUUGCCAACUGCUAUCCAUCCACAUCAGUGGAUAGGUCAAUAUUGAUGGCUGAUAUUCGAUGUCUUCCAGGUAUGGAAGGGGGUCCAGUUUUUGGUGAAAAUGGAUGCCUGGUCGGUAUUCUUAACAGACCUCUAAGACAAGCUGGGGGUGCUGAAAUCCAGGUAGUAAUUCCAUGGAAAGCAAUAGAAGGUGCUUGCAAUGGCUUGUCUCAGUUGAUACCUGAAAAUGCAGACACAGAACAUUCCUCUAAAAACUUCUGUGGCGCAAGGACAGCUGUUGUGAAUCUAAUUGGGAGACAGCCUGUGAGGUAUUGCGCUGUACCAUUGAUGGUGGAGCAGGCAAUGACUUCUGUUUGUCUCAUUACCUUGAACAAUGGAGUAUGGGCAUCUGGCAUUCUUCUUAACAAGCAAGGCUUGAUACUCACAAAUGCUCACUUGCUGGAGCCAUGGAGAUUUGGCAAAACUACUAUACAAAGUUCCUUUGAUGUUACCAGAACAAAACAUACAUUUACUCUGCUAGAGAAUUCUAUGCCUUUGAGGCCGGCAGGGGAGCAGAAGAGUGCAGAUGUGCUAUCAAAUUCUUUCCAACCUUUCAACUAUUUGCGUAAAAGCCAUGGAUUUAAAAGUCACCAAGUUCAUAGCGAAAUAAGUGUCCGCGUAGAUAUUAAGAACUCAUGCAAUUGGUGCAAGGCUAAAGUAGUAUAUAUUUCGAAAGGACCCUUAGACAUCUCCCUGCUUCAGCUUGAAUCUGUUCCGAAUCAGCUGUGCCCUAUCAGUGUGGACCUUGCAUGCCCUUCUCCAGGAUCAAAGGCGUUUGUUAUUGGACAUGGUUUGCUCGGGCCUCGAUGUGACUUGUUACCAACCAUCUCAUCUGGUGUGGUUGCAAAAGUUGUAAAAACAAGAAAAACUGUGGGCCACCUAUCUGCUUUGCAAGAAAGUCCUGCAGGAGACAUCCCAGUGAUGCUGGAGACAACAGCUGCAGUGCAUCCUGGUGGUAGUGGGGGUGCCGUGGUCGAUUCGUCCGGUCGCAUGAUUGCCCUUGUGACAAGCAACGCAAAGCAUGGUGGAGGAACAGUUAUACCACACAUGAAUUUCAGCAUACCGUCUGCAGCUCUGGAACCUGUUUUCAGAUUUGCUGAAGACAUGAAGAAUCUCUCACUCCUCCUGCAACUGGAUAGACCGAACAAGGAUCUGAGUUCAGUUUGGGCAAUGAUGCCACCAAUCUCACCUGAUCCAGACCCCUCUCUGCAUGGCAUGGACAACUUGCUCAAAAAAGAUGACGAGAAAGGAAACAAAGGCUCUCGAUUUGCAAAAUUCAUAAACGACAGUAAGGAGCUAUUCAAUAAAUCACCUCAUCCAAACACAAUGGAAGAUCUUUCCCGUGAUACUAUUCCGAGCAAGUUAUGACAGUUACAAGGCGGUAUUUGGAUCCAAUCAAAAAGCCGAAACUUUCUUUCGAGUAAGUUUCAUGUCAGCGAUUCUACAUUGACGUUGUAUCAAAUGUUUAAAAGUGCGGUAGGCUUCAUUAGCCUGAAGGAGAGAGGUUAUUCCUGGCGAGAAAUCCUUUUUAAAUCUGUUCCUUGUAAAUUUGAAGCUUCUGAAGGUGUUGGAAGAAUGAUGGAAGAAUGCAGCUCAUUGUCAAUUUGUAUUGAGUUUGUGACAUAUUAUUGGUGUUCUAUCAGCUAUUCGAAAUCUAUAAGUUCUAUCUCUCUUGUUUUA